GAUCACUAUGUAUAAGAAAGAUUCCAACUAGACAAAGUUGCUGCUCCUAUUUUAUAGCUAAUAUUGUUAGAAGCUGUUUUUUUUUUUUUUUUUUAAUUUUCAGAAUCAAGAAUCGGAGCUUCUGUGUAUCAAAUUUUGUAGUGAUGAAAGAGAAAGAGGCAAUGCUGUUUCUGGGUUUUUUAGGCAGAGCAGUUUUAAUGAUGACUGUGAUUUCAAUUUUAGGAUGUAAUAGAGUAAAGGGUCAUCGGGUUCUUUUGGAUACAGACAUGGGUACUGAUGAUAUCUUUGCUCUAUUAUACCUUUUGAAGCUUAACCCAUCCCAAAUCGACUUGCAGGCAGUAACUAUUAGCACAAAUGCAUGGAGUGAUGCAGGACAUGCUGUUAAUCAAGUGUAUGACAUUCUUUACAUGAUGGGGCGCGAUGAUAUUGCUGUUGGUGUGGGAGGUGAAGGUGGAAUACUUCCUGAUAGUACCAUUCUGCCAAAUGUUGGUGGAUAUCUGCCUAUGAUAGAUCAGGGAAAUGGUACAGCUGGAUAUUGUAGAUAUAGGCAAACUAUUCCUGUGGGUCACGGAGGACGUCUGGACAUUGACUCAAAUUAUGGGUUUCGGAAGAGCUUCCUUCCACAGGUGCAUGGGAGAUUAGGGGAAAGGCUGGAGAAAGAAACUUUUUCACUGCAAAAGGGCAAGAGAUCAUAUUCACCUCUUCGACAGCCAACAGCUCAAAAAGUAAUGAUUGAAACAAUUUCAGCUGGCCCCACAGUAGUUUUUCUUAUUGGAUCACUUACUAAUUUUGCUUUGUUUCUUCUAAGUAAUCCACAUUUAAAGAAAAAUGUUGAGCACAUUUACAUCAUGGGGGGUGGCAUAAGGUCAAAGAACCCUCAAGGUUGCUGUCCAGACAAUGCCAGUCCCUCUUGCCAACCUCAACAAUGUGGUGACCGUGGCAAUUUAUUUACAGAUUUCACAAGCAAUCCAUAUGCAGAGUUUAACAUAUUCAUGGAUCCUUUUGCUGCAUAUCAGGUUAUUCAUUCGGACAUUCCAAUAACUAUUGUCCCAUUGGAUGCCACUAACACCAUUCUUGUGAAUAAAAACUUUAUGGAGACCUUUGAGAAGAAUCAGCACACCUAUGAAGCACAAUACUGUUUCAAGUCUCUGAAAAUCAUUCGUGAUACAUGGUUCGAUGACCAAUUCUAUAGGAGUUAUUUUAUGUGGGACUCAUUUAUGUCUGGUAUAUCUGCUUCAAUCAUGCGUAAACAACAUAACCACCAAGGAGAAAAUGAAUUCGCUGAAAUGGAGUAUAUCAAUGUUACUGUAGUUACUUCAAAUAAGCCAUAUGGUGUAUCUGAUGGAUCAAAUCCAUUCUUUGAUGGUAAUAAAACUUCAAUGUUCAACUUAGAAAGAAAUGGAGUUCACAGCGGCCAUGUUCAGAUGAGACUUCGUGAUCCUUUUUGCAUAGUCAAGAGUGGAAGGGGCAGAUGCCAGGAUGGUUAUACAAAAGAAGUUAACAAGCCUGGAGGAGUGCCUGUUCUUGUUGCUGUUCGAGCAAAACCUAAUCGAAAUGCUAGCAGCAUAUUAGACAGAGAGUUUUCUGUUAGCUUUCUGGAUGUCUUAAACCAAGCAGAACACACUGGAAGAUUCAAUUUCACAACACAAUUUCCUUAUUACAGAGAAGUAUAUCACAAACCGGAUCUGAGGGGAAAGAAUUUCGGGAAGAAUCUUGUUUUUGAUAUGGAUAUGAGUGCUGGAGACUUUCUAUCUCUCUUCUAUCUUCUCAAAUUACCUGUAGAAGAUAUCAAUCUCAAGGCUAUAAUAGUGAGUCCGACUGGCUGGACAAAUGCUGCAACAAUUGAUUGUGUAUAUGAUUUGCUUCACAUGAUGGGUCGUGACGACAUUCCUGUGGGCCUUGGAGAUGGAUUCGCAAUGAACCAGUCUGAUACGGUUUCCUCUGCAGUUGGAGACUGCAGAUACAGCAAGGCCAUUCCACAAGGUAGCGGUGGAUAUCUAGACUCUGACACUCUGUAUGGUUUAGCUCGUUCUUUACCUCGAAGUCCUAGGAGAUACACAGGAGAAAAUUCUGUAAAAUUUGGAGCUCCUCGAGAUACGGAUCAUCCUGAACUCAGACAACCUUUAGCAUUGGAAGUAUUGGAAUCAGUGGUGAAAUCACUCGAUCCAGGAUCAAAAAUUACUAUUUUGGCUAAUGGCCCAUUGACUAAUAUAGCAAAGCUUAUUCUGGAAGGAAAGAAUACAAGCAAUGUUAUACAGGAGAUAUUAAUAGUUGGGGGACACAUCAAUUAUAAUAACACCGAGAAGGGAAAUGUAAUCAAUGUUCCUUGUAACAAAUUUGCAGAACUGAAUAUGUUUCUUGACCCUUUUGCUGCAAAAACAGUUCUGAGUUCUGAACAUAAUAUCACUCUCAUUCCACUUGGAAUGCAGCGGAAAGUCAGUGCAUUCCCUCAAAUUCUUGAAAAGCUUUACUUGAAAAGUACACCAGAAGCAUUCUUUGCCAGGCGCUUGAUGUCAAGGUUGUAUCGCCUGCAAAAGCUCCAUCCUGCAUACCGACAUGUGGAUAUGUUUAUUGGUGAGAUCCUUGGAGUAGUAGUAGCUGGAGAUCUGUCAGCACUAAAAUCUACGUUUGAAGUGAAGAAGUUAAAAGUGAGUGCUACUGGAGUUGAAUGUGAAGAUGGUGAAAUCAGUAUUGAUGAAGAGCAUGGAAAAACAGUAAAAGUAUUGGAGAAUGUGGAUCCAUCAGCUUAUUACAAUGUUUUUGCAAAACGACUUGGUAAAAAAACACAGGCAGCUGUAAUUGGAAGCUUCAAUGAGCAGAGAAGAAUUUGGAGUACACCAUCUAAUUCAUCCAACAUUUAACAACAAAUGCAAAGUUUCACAUUCAGAAAGUGUUUUGUUACAUUAAGAGUUACUCGAUAUGUAUUUGUGUUGGUGGAAGGUAGCUAUGAUAAAAUAGAGGAGAUGGGCUCUUAACAUGAUUCACAUGAUCAAUUGAAAUUUGUUCAGUGCUGUUCUUGCUUCCUAUUUAA